AUGGGUACUCAAAGUGGUAAUUUGAGUCAGACUAGUAGCUCAAGCCCUUCGAUUAGUUCUGGCAUACAUGUGACGGGUACUGCAGCUUUGGAUCAUUCCCCUUUAGGACAAACACCACCACCUUUAGGACAAACACUCCCACCUUUAGGACAAACUUCAGGUUCAGCUGCUGAAUCUGAUCCUAGCAACUCCCAAUCCCAUGGAGCAGCUACUGCUGGGCAGAAAAGAAAAGAGCCUGCAAACAAAAGCCCUCUUUGGGCACAUUUUACUAGAUGUAAACACCCGAACUCAGACAUAAUAGAUACUUGUUGGUGUACUUGCAAUUCUUGCAAUGAGAGAGUGUUAUGUGAUACUAAAAAGAAUGGGACAAGCUCGAUGUGGGCACAUACUAGGAAAUGUGCUACUCAUCCAUUACAUGCAAAACCUGAUCCUAAGCAGGCUAAGUUGAAUAGAGAUAAUGUGAGUGGAGGAGCCUCAUACCAUAAGUAUAACAAAAAGAGGUGUGAUGAUAGGUGCAUUGAUAUGAUUAUCAAGGAUGAGCUCCCUUUUAGGCACGUGGAGAAGGAGGGAUUCAAAGCUUUCUGCAAAGAGUUAGAACCUCAAUGGCCUGGAAUGGACAGAAAGCAGGCUGCCAAGGGUGUGCUAGAUAAGUACAAUUUUGAGAAGGCUGUUCUGUUGAGUCAAUUGAAGGCAAAUGAAACUCGGAUCUCAAUUACCACCUACACCUGGACAUCGAUCCAGAAUAUAAACUACCUGGUACUAACAGCCCACUUCAUGGAUAAUGACUGGAAAUUGCACAAAAGGAUCAUCAACUUUUGUACAAUUACUAGUCACAAAGGAGAGGAGAUUGGAAGGGUAGUAGAGCAGUGUUUGAGGCAAUGGGAGAUCACCAAAGUGUUUACAAUCACAGUAGACAAUGCUAGUGCUAAUGACUUAGCUGUGGCAUACAUGAAGAGAAGGUUGACCAUUAAGGAUGGUCUGAAGGAGUUACAAGAUGGGAUUGCUGCUAUAUGGAACUAUGCCAAGUAUGUUAGGAGUUCAUCAAGUCGUCUUGACAAGUUCAGUGAGUUUGCUGUUUUGGAACAGUGCAGGGCAAAUGCCAAUGUUCCAUUAGAUGUAAUCACAAGAUGGAACAGCACAUACCUCAUGCUUGAAGCUGCACUUAAGUAUGAAGCUGUGUUCGGCAGAAUGGGUGAAGAAGACUGCAAUUUUAAAGCUUAUUUCGACGAAACGGACAGAAAUGGCAAACCCAGGGUUGGACCACCAUCUAGUGAGGAUUGGAGGAAUGCAGAAGCAUUUUGUUUGUUUUUGAAGAAGUUUUAUGAAGCUACUGUGAAGCUGAGCGCUUGGAAGAAGAUCACUGCAAAUAUAUUAUUUGUUGAAAUGGUUAGAUUGCAAACUGAGAUUGACAAGGCUAUCAUUGCAGAAGACCCUAUUUUGAAGAGGGUUGCCACUUCAAUGAAGGCCAAGUUCAACACAUAUUGGGGAAGCUUCGAAUCGGUGAACAAGAUAAUCAUGAUAGCUAAUGUUCUUGACCCAAGAUACAAGCUGCAGUGGGCUAAAGUAGCAAUGCAAAAAGUCAAUGCAAGCUACGAGACAAUUCAUUCAAUACAAGGGGACUUAAAGAAAAUUUUGCUGAAGAUGUAUGAUGAAUACAAAGCCAAUGAAGGCAGCAACGAAGCUGAACCGUACAUGGGAGAAGAUCUAGGAUUCGAAGGGGAUGACUUGGAGAAUCUUGAUGAAGUCAGCAAGCAAAUAGCAAGGGAGAGGAUGGCAAAGCAGUCACAAUGCAUACGAAAUGAGGUUGAUCAGUAUUUAUCGGAUAGGUAUGUUAGCCUCCUUGCAAAGAAUUUUGAAAUUCAUAAGUGGUGGAAGGCCAAUGAGUCAACCUAUCCAAUCCUAUCAAAGUUAGCAAAGGAUGUUUUUGCUGUUCCUUGCUCAACGGUGCCUUCGGAGAAUGCAUUUAGUUUGGGAUCAAGAGUGGUGGAUCCUUUUAGAGCUUCAUUGACACCAAAAAUGGUGGAAGCCCUUGUUUGUAGUUCGGAUUGGUUAAAAUCUGAUCCCCCAAACUUCUACAAAGAUCCCACUGAAGAUGACCUUGAAAUGUAUCACUCUUUGGAGGAACUUGAGAGGGAAAAUGCUUUUAAUCAAGGAAUGGAGUCAACAUUGACCAAUCUCAGCUCUACACAAGCUGAUGCAUAG